AUGCCUAAAGCACCAAAGAGAAAAAGUGUAGGACAAGAAGAAAAAGUCACCCAUCCAUAUAGUAGAAAAGCAGCUCAAAUUACAAGAGAGGCCCACAAACAAGAAAAAAAGGAAAAAUUGAAGAAUGAAAAGGCAUUGCGUCUCAGCCUUAUUGGCGAAAAACUGCAGUGGUUUCAAAAUCACCUUGAUCCCAAAAAAGUAGGAUAUUCAAAAAGAGAUGCUUGUGAACUAAUUGAAAGGUAUUUGAAUCGAUUCAGCAGCGAGCUGGCGCAGAUUGAGUUGCGGAACAGCUUCAAGGACAGGCAGGGCCGGAGGCACUGCUCUCGGGAGGCGGCCAUCAGGCAGACCCUGGAGCAGGAGCGGCAGCAGUACCAGGCCCAAGAGCUUCCAGACUUUUUAA